UUUGAAUUGUUUUCGUUGUAUUGUUAUUAGAAUAUUUAAUAAAAGUUUAUUACGGUCAAAAAGGUCAUAUAAAGAAAUUGUAGUUGUAUAUUAUAUGAGCGAUCUUAUUUAUACCAAUGAGAAAAUAUUAUAAUAAACAUGGCCAGUAUCUAUAGAGGGAAUAUAAUAAUAAAGUGUAUAAAAAAUACUAAAUAUGCGAACUUCACACCAAUUGCCUUAAGAAAUUUUAGCAAGCAACAUGUUGAUAAAAAACAUAUUACUGAAGAAAAAGGCAAAGGGACUUAUGGCAAACAUGCUACCAUUGCAUUAAUCAGUUCGGUGCUAAUAGGAUCAGCUGUUAAAGAAAGAAUGUCAGUGAAACAUAUAAAAUUAAAAAAAUCUGACAAAGACUCCACUAUCAAAUUCGUAGCAGGCGAAAAACGACCCGACUUGCCAGUGUACAGAGCUGAAGAAGUUAGUAAACAUGACAGCAAGAAAAGUUUCUGGGUAAUAUACAGAAAUGGAGUGUAUGACGUGACGAAAUUCCUUGCAUCGCAUCCUGGUGGAGACCAAAUAUUAAACGCAGCCGGACUGAGUAUAGAACCAUUUUGGAAUGUGUAUGGCAUGCAUAAAACACAGGAGAUUUAUAAACUCCUGGAGCAAUAUAGGAUAGGUAAUCUACAUGAUGACGACAUUGUUGAUCACUCUGAUGAUGAGCUUUGGGUCAAAGAGCCGUACAGAGACAAGCGGCUGAUAGUGAAGACUUCAAAGCCAUUCAAUGCGGAAAUACCUCCAAAGCUCCAGAUCGAACACUUUGACACUCCCAAUGAAUUAUUUUACGUGCGGCAACACAUGCCGGUUCCGGAAACGGAUGCGGCCACGCACCGUCUGCGGGUGGUGGUCCGGGACAGGAGUACGAGGAGCUUCGAGUUCUCUCUGGCAGACUUGAAGCAGUUCACGCCUGUUAAAUUACGGGCUGCUCUCAUGUGUGCAGGGAAUAGACGCAGUGAGAUGGACAAGGUGAAACCUGUGAAAGGCAUCAGCUGGGCGGGCGGCGCCAUCAGUAACGCGGUGUGGGGCGGUGUCGCCCUGAGAGACGUACUCAUCCACUGCGGGGUCGACGAACGCAGCCUCCAGGGGAAACAUGUUGUGUUCACAGGUAGUGACGUGGACGCGACUGGCGUGAACUUCAGCACGUCCAUACCGCUGCGUAUGGCGAUGGAUCCGGCCAGCCGGAUAGUACUGGCGACUCACAUGAACGGACAGCCGCUGCCGCCCGACCACGGCCGCCCACUGCGGGUGGUGGUGCCCGGAGCACCCGCCGUCCGUAGCGUCAAGUGGCUCGAAUCAAUAACAAUUUCGGAUGAGGAGAGUACUUCGCAUUGGCAUCAGAAGGAUUACCGAUCGUUCAAUCCGUCCAAGACUUGGGAGACGGCAGACUUCAGCACCGCCCCGCCUGUCUACAGCCUGCCCGUCACGUCCGUCAUAUGCGAUCCUCAGGAUGGGGACACCGUCGCAGUGAAGGACGGAUAUAUCGUAGUCAGAGGGUAUGCGUACUCGGGGGGCGGCGCUAAAAUCCUGCGCGUAGACGUGACCGCGUGUCACGUGACCGCCGGCACUGGACCCCCGCACUGGGAGGAAGCCACGCUCGCCUCCGACCCCGCCCCGCCGCGACUACACUACGCCUGGACGCUGUGGACUGCGAGGCUGCCAGUACCGCCCGCCGUCAAACAGGUAGAAAUACGUGUGAAGGCGACCGACAGUAACUUCAACACUCAGCCCGAGAGGUUCGAGGAUAUAUGGAACAUACGCGGUAUACUCAGCAACGCAUACCACAGGAUCACAGUACAACUCAAACGUUAGUAACAUAGGGUUGCGUGUACAUGACGACCACGAGGAUCUCGACAGAUUUACAAAUAGUCAAGAUGUCUAAUAAUCCAGUACUCAAAUAGUCGAGAUGUCUAAUAAUGCAAAAGUCAAAUAGUCGAGAUGUCUAAUAAUCCAGAAGUGAAAUAGUCGAGAUGUCUAAUAAUCCAGAAGUCAAAUAGUCGAGAUGUCUAAUAAUCCAGAAGUCAAAUAGUCGAGAUGUCUAAUAAUCCAGAAGUCAAAUAGUCGAGAUGUCUAAUAGUCCAGAAGUCAAAUGUCAAAUAAUGUAGCACAUAAUAGAUGAUCAUAAAACUCAAGGAAAAAUUAAUUCUAGAUAAUUUUUGUCUGUACUGAAUAAUCCUGGCAACACAUUUGAGUGAAUAGCGAGAUUUAAAAUUAUUAAAAUUUAAUUAUAAGACAUAUGCAUGCGCUGAUUGCUAUUACAAGUUUUGACACGUUUUCCGUGGUGAUCAAAUUCAGAACAGGGUCAAAUAGAAAUGAACUGUAUGCAUUGACACUUAAGUUUAAUUUCGCAUGUAGAACCAGAGCCUUAUGAUACCGUUACAGAAAAUCGACGCUUAAGAAAAUGAACUCUAUGGCGUUGAUAUUUGAGUUUAAAACCAACAAAGAAAAUUAUUUCUUUUUUUUUACUAAUGUAGGAUCUCAUAGCUUUUGUAUUGUACUGUGUCAAGACUAUACACAGAGUAAUGCUAUGAGGAUCUACGUAGAGUCAAGUGAAGUGUCUAUGUCCACAACUUUAUAAAUACUUUUCUACUCUAAGUAAAUUAGUAAGAAUGAGUACAAGUUUUUUUUUUAAGAAUUUAUGCAUUUACUCUUAUGAAGUUGUUGAAUUUAUAAUGAAUUCUUUAUUGUUUGAAUGUUUUUUCUAUUCAUUCAUGACUAUUGUAUAAUUGAAUAUUUUCUUUAUUGUAACGGGAUAAAAUCCUGAACAUUAUUUUAUUUACAUAUCUAGUCUAAAAGUACAGAAAUAUUAUUUGGCAUUCCAGUGAUAAUCAUAAUAAACUUGUUAGCAAUAUUACAUAAGUACAUUGUUUGUUUUUCAAUAAAGUUUUUAUUUUUUCUAACAUGUGUAUGUUAUUAUAAUUUCGAUAUAUGUUCUAUAAAAAAAAAUGUGUAAACAGUAAUUUAAUAUAGCAAUAAUGUCCAUGGGAGGUAAUGAAAUGAACACCCGCCUGCGUAAACUGUAAGCGUGUAUAAAUAGGGGCAUCAGUGGAAGAAGAUAGGAUGAGCAUAGUCAGGUCAGUUAGCGCGUCAUAGAAGAUUUAUUAGGAAUUUACCACAAUGAGUUCAAAGAUGGACCGCCUGAGGGAUGUCAUCUUCCGAUUCCAUUGCAAUGAGGCCCCUCCAAUCUCAUAGCCGCGCCAACUACAUACAGUAGUGUUUUUUUUAUUUAUAUAACUGCACACAAUAUACAAAAUAUAUUAAAGUACAUUUGGCAGACUUAACACCAUGCGGCAUU